CAAAAAAGGGCACAUUGACCUAUUUCUCCCUUUUCAAGCUCAAACCUUUCCUUUCUUCCAAACAAGACACAAAGAACUACAACUCCCUUAAACUCCUAAGUCCAGUCACUUUCUUAAAUAACUACACUUUCUUCCUUCUCUUUUCACUAUUUCUUACUUUUAAUUUUAUAUUAUUAUACACCUUUUUAUUCCUCAGAAAAGAAAUCUCAACUUUUCCUAACCCAAAUUGCUUAUCCAUGGAAGAAGAAACACAAGAUUCCAACCCACUUACAAAUUUAACUCCUGCUCAGAAUAACACCAGAAACAACCAUCGUCGUCACCACCACCACCACCAUCAUCACCAUCAUCAUCAUCAAUACCAUCAUCAUCAUGCCAUUAACAUUGUUAAUCCUUAUUAUAAUAAUAAUAAUAGUUAUAACAGAUUAAUUGGGUAUUUUGAUGAGCAGCAGAGGCAGCAGCAGAAUUACAAAGGGAUUCUUCCUUUACCUCCAACAUUACCUUUUCAACAAAACCACAAAUUUAGGCCUAAUUAUAAAAACCAUUUUCCUAAUCCUUUCUUUAAACCCCAUAAAUUACCCACUUCUUCUCAUAAUCAUGGAUUCAUCUCAGCUUCACAAGCUGAUGAACAGCUUGGGGAACAACUUAGUUCACUUAACAUUAAGAAGCCUAAUGUUGUUGAUACUACAACACAAGCAUUAGUGGCUGCAAAGAGACCGGACAAUGGUGGAGUGGAAGGCGAAGUUAUUUCUCUUCUUGCAAACCAUUUUCGAGUAAAAUUUGACCCGUGUCAGCAAAUUUUCCAUUACAAUGUCGAAAUAUCUCCAAAUCCUCCAAAGGAAGUGGCUCGCGCUAUAAAGAAGAAAUUUGUGGAAGAAAACUCGGCUUUGCUUUGUUAUGCUUCUCCUGCUUUUGAUGGUAGAAAAAAUUUGUAUAGUCCGGUUGAGUUUCGAAACAAUAGGCUCGAGUUCUUUAUUAAUCUCCCGGUUGUUCUGAAUAGCAAACCGUGUUUAGAGGGCAAUGCUAAGGGAGAAGUUGAGCAAAAAGUAAAGUUAUUUAGGAUCAACAUUAAUCUUGUUUCAAAACUAGAUGGAAAUGAGUUGAAGAAAUAUUUGAGCAAAGAGGGGGAUGAUUGGGUGCCACUUCCUCAGGAGUAUCUGCAUGCUUUAGAUGUUGUUUUGAGGGAAUGUCCUAACGAGCAAUGUAUCGCUUUAGGAAGGUCAAUGUAUUCGAUUUCGAUGGGAGGGAGUAGGGAAAUUGGUGGAGGGGCUGUUGGAUUAAGAGGAUUUUUUCAGAGUCUAAGGCCAACUCAACAGGGCCUUGCUUUGAAUGUAGAUUUUUCAGUGACUGCAUUUCAUGAGAGUAUUGGAGUAAUAGAGUUUCUGCAAAAACGGGUCAAGUUUUUGCAUGAUCUACCUGAUAGGAAGGAGAGGAGUUUGACAACAAUAGAGAGGAAGGAAGUCGAGAAGGAGUUGAAGAAUUUGAGGGUCUUUGUUUCUCAUAGAGAUGCUGUUCAGAAAUACCGGUUCCAUAGCUUGACUGAGGAAGCUACUGAAAAGCUCUGGUUUGAUGACCGCGAUGGAAGUAAAUUGAAGCUUGUUGAUUACUUUAAGGAUCAUUAUGAAUAUGAUAUCCAAUACAGGAAUCUUCCUUGUUUACAGAUUAGUAGGAGGAAGCCAUGUUACCUUCCUAUGGAGCUUUGCAUGAUUUGUCAAGGGCAGAAGUUCCUUGGUAAACUCUCAGAUGAUCAAACUGCUAGAAUUAUGAAGAUGGGAAGUCAAAAACCAAGAGAACGAAGAGCUAUUAUCAAUGGAGUCAUUAAUGGUCCGCUUGGACCAACAAGUCACGGAGAAGAGUUCAAACUACAAGUCACGAAAGAAAUGACACGAUUAAAUGGGAGAGUUCUUAGGCCUCCAAAGUUGAAGCUCGGAGAUGGGGGAGUUGUAAGUGAUGUACUUCCUUCUAGCAUUGAUCGGCAAUGGAGCCUUUUGGGUGGGCAUGUAGUUGAAGGGACACGAAUUGAGAGGUGGGCAUUGAUGAGUUUUGGCGGAACCCCUGAUCAAAAAUCUUAUGUCCAUAAAUUUAUAAGCCAGUUAUGUUUCAAGUGUGAGCAAAUGGGCAUUCUCCUCAAUAGAUCUACCAUCAUUACCCCACAAUUCGAGUCAAUCCAUGUCCUAAACAAUGUCACUCUCUUGGAAAGCAAACUAAACAAAAUCCAAAGGGAAGCCUCAAACAAUCUACAGCUCCUCCUGUGCUUAAUGGAGAAGAAACAUAAAGGUUAUGGAGAUUUUAAAAGAAUAGCUGAAACCCGAGUUGGAGUUGUAACCCAAUGUUGCUUAUACUCAAACCUUGGUAAACCGAAUUCCCAAUUCUUGACAAACAUGGCACUCAAGAUCAACGCCAAAGUUGGUGGAUCAACAGUUGCAUUAUUCAACUCGUUACCCUCACAAAUUCCCCGGCUUCUUACACAUGAUGAGCCGGUAAUAUUUAUGGGAGCAGAUGUAACUCAUCCUCACCCUCUUGAUGAUUGCAGUCCUAGUGUUGUGGCUGUUGUUGGAAGCACAAACUGGCCAUCAGCAAACAGAUAUGUGUCAAGAAUGAGGUCUCAAACACACCGCCAAGAGAUUAUCGAAGAUCUUGGAGAAAUGGUGAGUGAAAUACUAGUUGAAUUUGGCCAAGAGGUGAAGAGUCUCCCUAGAAGAAUAAUAUUCUUUCGAGAUGGAGUAAGUGAGACUCAGUUCUACAAAGUCCUAAAAGAAGAAUUGAAAUCAAUAAGAGAGGCAUGUGAUAAAUUUCCUGAUUAUAAACCAUUAAUCACGUUUGCUGUAGUACAGAAGCGGCACCAUACAAGAUUGUUCCCUGAUGAAAGUGAUCCAAAUUGUUUACCAUUCUGUGAUGAAAACGUUCCUCCUGGAACUGUGGUUGACUCAGUGAUCACUCACCCUAAGGAAUUCGAUUUCUAUUUAUGCAGUCAUUGGGGAACCAAGGGAACAAGUCGACCAGCACACUACCAUGUACUGUGGGAUGAAAGCAACUUCACUUCUGAUGAGUUUCAGAAGUUGGUUUAUAGCUUAUGCUUCACAUUCGUAAGGUGUACUAAACCAAUUUCUAUCGUACCCCCUGCUUACUAUGCCCAUCUUGCUGCAUAUAGGGGCAGACUGUACCUUGAAAGGUCGGAAUCUUCUACCAUGUCUCGGCUUGGUCCUCCAAAGCCAACUCCUUUGCCUAAGAUAAGCCAAAAUGUAAACAAGUCUAUGUUCUAUUGCUGACUGAUUAAGUUCUUCAUUUUUAUCUACUGAAACUAACAUGAGAUACUUUAGCUUGUAGAUUAUGGUAAACAGCCAAAAGGAUCUGUGCUUUGUUGGUUUAGCUUAAAUUUCCCAAUGAAACCAUAUCUCAAGUGUAAUGUAUCGUGUCCAUUAUAAACGGGUUGGAAAACUUCAACACUAACCCGGGCCGUUAAAUAAAUGUGUGGUGUUGUGUUGACC